GCGAGUCCGCGUCGUCUCGUCUCGUCUCUCUUCUACUCCCCUCGAUCGAGCUCCGUGCCUGUGAGGCUGAGGCUGUGAGAGGUAAUACUGCAUAAAGAGAUGGAGUUCAUGGUCGUCGAGCCGAUCCGGAUCCGCCACGCGCUCCUCCAGAUCUUCACCCUUGGGAUGGUUAUCACCUCUGCAUUGAUCAUAUGGAAAGGAUUGGUUGUCAUGACGGGGAGUGAAUCACCAGUAGUGGUGGUUCUAUCUGAAAGCAUGGAGCCUGGAUUUGAAAGGGGUGAUAUCCUGUUUCUACACAUGACCAAAGACCCUAUACGCACUGGAGAAAUAGUUGUUUACAAUGACGGCCGUGAAAUUCCAAUUGUCCAUCGUGUGAUUGAGGUUCACGAAAGGCGAGAUUCUGCCCAAGUUGAUGUCCUCACAAAAGGUGACAACAAUGAUGAAGAUGACCGAAUGCUUUACACAAAUGGGCAGCUCUGGCUUCAGCAACACCACAUCAUGGGACGAGCCGUGGGCUAUCUACCCAAAGUUGGCUGGGUUACAUUGGUCAUGACUGAGAAACCAGUUAUCAAGUACCUUCUGAUCGCUGCGUUGGGGCUGCUACUGAUCACAUCACCGGAGUAGAAUUGAAUUCAUCUUUCUAACUGCCUGGACCCUGGAGAGUAAAGGUCAGGAAAAGGAUGAAAUAUAAACAAUUGUUUUUUGGAAAGCAAAAACACCAGGAAUAUACUUGUACUGAUUGUUUUUUUUUUGGAAAGCAAAAAUACCAGGAAUAUACUUGUACUAUCUAUUAUUGUAGCGUCAGAGUGUAAUGUGGAGGAAUAUACAAAAACAACCCCAUAUUGAAAUAAUCAUUCUUUCACCUCGGUUGGGGUUCUGGAUGCCA